UGACAGAAGACAACUCUUUCAGAGGACAGAAGAGAUGGCUAUUCUUGCUGGCUCUUCCUCUGCAUGCAGCCUGGGGGCUCUCUGAGGAAUCUUUGCCUAUAUGAAUUACCGAGUUCCCAAGACGAGGAAGGAGAUUUUCGAAACCCUUAUCAGGGGCCUGCAGCGGCUGGAGUACAGGGGCUAUGACUCGGCAGGUGUGGCCAUUGAUGGGAAUAACCAUGAAGUCAAAGAAAGACACAUCCAUCUUGUGAAGAAAAAGGGGAAAGUGAAGGCUCUGGAUGAAGAGCUUUACAAGCAAGAUAACAUGGACUUGAAGGUGGAGUUUGAGACACACUUUGGCAUUGCCCACACCCGCUGGGCCACCCACGGGGUUCCCAAUGCUGUGAACAGUCACCCGCAGCGUUCAGACAAAGACAACGGGUUCGUCGUCAUCCACAACGGAAUCAUCACAAAUUACAAGGAUCUAAGGAAAUUUCUGGAAAGCAAGGGCUACGAGUUUGAGUCAGAAACAGACACGGAGACCAUCGCCAAGCUGAUUAAAUAUGUAUUCGACAACAGGGAGACGGACGACAUUACGUUUUCAACAUUGGUCGAAAGAGUCAUUCAGCAGUUGGAAGGUGCCUUCGCAUUGGUUUUCAAGAGCAUCCACUACCCGGGAGAAGCUGUUGCCACAAGGAGAGGCAGCCCACUACUCAUCGGGGUACGAAGCAAAUACAAACUGUCCACAGAGCAGAUCCCCGUCCUCUAUCGGACAUGCAAUAUUGAGAACGUGAAGAAUAUCUGUAAGACUAGGAUGAAGAGACUGGACAGCUCCACCUGCCUGCAUGCUGUGGGGGACAAAGCUGUGGAGUUCUUCUUCGCUUCUGACGCAAGUGCCAUCAUAGAACACACCAACCGGGUCAUCUUUUUAGAAGAUGAUGACAUCGCUGCAGUGGCUGAUGGGAAACUCUCGAUUCACCGAGUCAAGCGCUCAGCUACUGAUGACCCUUCCCGAGCCAUCCAGACCUUGCAAAUGGAACUGCAGCAAAUAAUGAAAGGUAACUUCAGUGCAUUUAUGCAGAAGGAGAUCUUUGAGCAGCCAGAAUCCGUUUUUAAUACCAUGAGGGGUCGGGUGAAUUUUGAGACCAACACAGUGCUCCUGGGUGGCUUGAAGGACCAUUUGAAGGAGAUUCGACGAUGCAGGAGGCUCAUCGUGAUUGGCUGUGGAACCAGCUACCACGCCGCUGUGGCUACACGGCAAGUUUUAGAGGAACUGACCGAGCUCCCUGUGAUGGUUGAACUUGCCAGUGACUUUCUGGACAGGAACACACCCGUGUUCAGGGAUGACGUUUGCUUUUUCAUAAGCCAAUCAGGCGAGACGGCGGACACUCUCCUGGCGCUGCGAUACUGUAAGGACCGAGGGGCGCUGACUGUGGGCAUCACCAACACUGUGGGCAGCUCCAUCUCCCGGGAGACCGACUGCGGUGUCCACAUCAACGCGGGGCCGGAGAUCGGGGUGGCCAGCACCAAGGCUUACACCAGCCAGUUCAUCUCUCUGGUGAUGUUUGGUUUGAUGAUGUCUGAAGACCGAAUUUCUCUACAGAACAGGAGGCGGGAGAUUAUCCGGGGCCUCAGAUCUUUACCUGAGCUGAUCAAAGAAGUAUUGUCUCUGGAUGAGAAGAUCCAUGACCUGGCCCUGGAGCUCUACACACAGAGAUCACUCCUGGUGAUGGGACGAGGAUAUAACUAUGCCACAUGCCUGGAAGGAGCCUUGAAAAUUAAAGAGAUAACCUACAUGCACUCAGAAGGUAUCCUGGCUGGAGAGCUGAAGCACGGGCCCCUGGCGCUCGUUGACAAACAGAUGCCGGUCAUCAUGGUCAUCAUGAAGGAUCCUUGCUUUGCCAAAUGCCAGAACGCCCUGCAGCAGGUCACUGCCCGCCAGGGUCGUCCAAUCAUCCUGUGUUCCAAGGAUGACACGGAGAGUUCCAAGUUCGCAUAUAAAACCAUUGAACUGCCCCACACGGUGGACUGUCUCCAGGGCAUCCUGAGCGUGAUCCCACUCCAACUUCUGUCCUUCCACCUGGCUGUCCUCCGAGGCUAUGACGUUGACUUCCCCAGAAACCUAGCCAAGUCUGUCACUGUGGAAUGAGAACAGGGCUUCCGUGACAAGACCAUCGCCACCUGCAGUCUGAUUCAAGACCCGAACCAACUGCAGAGAUGCCACGUGGGAAAGGAAGUGGGCCUUCCGCGGGUCUCCUGUGCUCCCAGCAGAGCUUGACAGCUUUGACGUGCCUUGCACCUAAGUGCUUUGCUUACAGCAAAUGCUGUUUCUCUGUGUCCUGAAGUCCCUUAGGAGAAGGAAUUGUUUACACACACGGGGAUCAGAGCAGACUUUCCGCUACUGUGCAAUAGAGAUACCGCUCUCUGCAGAGUAACUGUGAACCUUUUUUUUUUUUUUUUAACCGACACUAGCUAGUUUUAAAAGACAAAAUAUUUAUAAUGGUGACUGUAUAGCUUUUAAGUUAUUUUUCUAGUAUGUGGCAUUCUGUAGCCAUGGCAACGCCCUGACCAUGCGCCUGGGCUACCCGGUGUGCUAUCCCUGGCGACUGUCGUUCAUCUCAGUUUUGGGUACAAGGCAUGAGCCCUUUGUUUCCUCUCUCCUUUUCCUCCCUUCACAAGCUGCCCCUGUCCCCUGACAUCAGUGAGUCCCCCUACCCUCUUCCUAUGCCUCCCCUCAGCCCCGUUAAAGUCUCUGCUCCUUUCAGUAUUCUCAGAUGGCUCAAAUCCCUCAGCUCUCUGACUUCUGCUUAAUCAGAUUAUGGUUCUUCUUUUUUCUAAAGUCCUGGCAGCACUUUGGCCCCUGCUCCUACUCACAGUAAAACCAGCCUGAAAUGCCCCAUACAAGAGGGUGGUUUCUUGGGGCCUGCCCUGCUCUAUUUAAAAGCGUGCGCAAUCAAUGUACUAUGCAGUUUUACAUCAAUAAAGACAG